AUGUCGGCAAAUAACAAUAAUAACCUUCAAGUUUCCUUGUUGCACGAUUCUGAUAAUGAUGAUGAUGAAAGUAGAAAUUUAAAUAAUAAUAAUAACAAUAGACAGAGCAUCAAUAGCGUUCAAGAUGAUAGUUUACCGUCAAAUACUCGUGUAAUUGUAGAGACUCCAACAUUCUUCUCUCGGUCCUAUCGAUUUUUGAAGCAAACAGUUCUUCCUCAAGAUAUUGGAGAAGAUGAUACCAUCCAAUUAUCAUUGAUCCAAAAGUUUUUAAAGUACAGAGUCUUUCCAACCAAAAUGGUUGUUGACAUUCUUCAAGUCUUUUUGGUGAUUUUAUUUGUUUCUUUCUAUGUAUCCGAGUUCAAAAAUUACAAAACUGACAUUUCAACCUCAUUUGCCAACUACUUCCUGCCUCCUGGAUUUGAAGGAAUUAAGGAAAAUGACGAUGGUUUUUAUACAAGUUAUAUUUACAACGUGGACGACUUGCAAAAGAAUAUUCAAUCGAUUGUGUUAAAAUACUACUCUGUACAAGAAGAUUCUGUGAGUGUGGUAAUUCCGACUUCGCAAGAUCUUGUCAAAUUGCAUGUGCUAAUGUUAAAAGAAAAUCCGAGACAACUCUUGUCCAAUGAAACAGUGUACGACUCAGAUCCCUCCAUAGUAGACUGGAGAUUUAUUGCAAGAGGUGACAUUUCUUCUGUUCUUUUCUCAGACACUGUUGAGGUAUUUGAAAAUUUAACAAAAGAUGACCCAUUAGGAACUUUGUUUAAUGUGACAGGAGAAGAGUUGAAGUAUGUUGUGGACAGAAUCCAACAUAUGGAGCUCUUUUUCAAGAUCAUUACUCUCGAUACAAGUUUGCCAGGUUAUUCCAGUUGUUACAAAUGGACAGUUCAGUUCAAUUUCAAAUUUUUUGGAGGUGGAAGAGUAGAUUUAAGAUUGAAUAGAAAUUAUGAAAACUGUGUUGCAAAUGAUUCUGAUUUUUACAUUUCAAUUUUUAAGAGACCCAGAGGAUAUGUAGGUCUCUUUGUUUGUCUGAUAUCUUUUCUUUCCCUUGUGUUCUAUUCCAAAUCCGUAAUCACAAGAGUGAGGGUGUUUUAUAAACGAAGAAAAACGAACAGAAUGCUUACAAUUUCAACUUUAUUGUCUGAAUAUUUGGGAUUUUCGCUUUUCAUAGUAUUCCUCAAAGAUUUUCUGCUCAUUCUUGGAUUUCUUGCAAUGAUCAUUAAAACGGUUACAAACGAAACAAUGGACGUUUUUUCUCAGACAUGCCUUGGUGUUGGAUCCUUUUGUUCUCUCAUUAACUUGACCAAGUAUUUCAAUUACCAAGCCAAGUUCUAUUUAGUGGCAAGAGCCUUUACCAAAUCCAUUCCAACUGUAUUGAGAUAUGUUGGAAGUAUUUCUCCAAUAUUUGCAGGAUUUGUUUGUUGUGGUGUGAUGUGGUUCGGUUUUUACUCUAAUUACUUCAGAGAUGUUGAUGGAACUAUGGUUACAUUAUAUAGUGCCAUGCACGGUGACAAUUUGAGAAUUGUUUUCGACAAGACAUUUGCGUUUAGUUUAUUUCACAAAGCUCUAGGAAGAUUGUAUGUCUUAAUCUUCUUAUUAUUAUUUAUUUGUGCCAUUGUGAACAUUUUCUUAUCCAUUGUUCAGGAAUCUUACUCGAAUGUAUUAAUGAAAAUUACAGAAGCAGGAGGUGAAGACGAAGCAGUGACCAUGAUCAAACAAAAAGAGGCAAAAUUGGAUAAUCUCACAAGUCAGACCUAUCUCAAUCUCAAGACCAUGUCUGAGAGAUCUGAAAAUGGUGAUGAUGAUGAAGAGGAUGAACAAGAUGACAAUGACAGCAAUUUGUUACCUGUGAACCUUCUUUUCUCUCCACGACCAACAAGAACCACCUCUGUAGAGGACAAGAGUGAAACUCUAUUCAUUAACUCCCUCAAGAAAGCAAUCUAUGUCAAGAUGGAGCAUCAAUACUUGGGCCAGAUUCCAACCAAACAGCUCGACAAUCUGAAAGAUCUCAUACAUCAAUCUAAUGUCUUGAUUUCUAAAUUUGCAAAAUAA